CCGGGAGAGGGCGGGCGUCGUCCGCCCGGAAAGCUGCAGACCCCGGCUCCCGCAAACGAACGCCGCGCCGAGCUUCGCUGUUCCACGCGGCUCCAGCGGGGAUGGAGGACUCGGUGGCCGUGGCUGCUUCUGAGGUGGCGGCGACCGAGGAGCGGCUCUAAGGAGGGGACAGCGGGAUUAGAGUUCUCCAGAACCCACGUCAUAUAGCCCCUGAGGUGGAAUGGUGAUGUCUCCAUGAGGGAACCUCCUCUCAGUCAUCCUGACCUGUACGUCUUGACUGGGCCGUUCAUCUAAGAUAGGAUUUACCCUGUGAAACAGGGAGAAGACUUAUGGACUCCAAGCGUCAUUUCAAGUUCUAGUUUUUUGUUGAAAGUACAGACAUACAUGCAAAGCUCUUGUGCUUUGGCCCCUCUGCUUUAUUAAGGCUGCUGUGUUGCUAGUUCAGAGCUGUUCCAACCUAUUGACCUAUCACCAUGGCUUCAGUUUGGAAGCGACUGCAGCGUGUGGGAAAACACGCAUCCAAGUUCCAGUUUGUGGCCUCCUACCAGGAGCUGAUGGUUGAAUGUACAAAGAAAUGGCAACCAGAUAAACUGGUGGUUGUUUGGACAAGAAGAAGCCGAAGGAAGUCUUCCAAGGCUCACAGCUGGCAACCUGGAAUAAAAAAUCCAUAUCGUGGUGUUGUUGUUUGGCCUGUUCCUGAAAACAUUGAAAUCACUGUGACGCUGUUUAAGGAUCCUCAUGCAGAAGAAUUUGAAGACAAAGAGUGGACAUUUGUCAUUGAGAAUGAAUCCCCUUCUGGUCGGAGGAAAGCUCUCGCCACCAGCAACAUUAAUAUGAAACAGUAUGCAAGCCCCAUGCCGACGCAAACUGAUGUCAAGUUGAAGUUCAAGCCACUGUCUAAGAAAGUCGUGUCUGCUACCCUCCAGUUCUCAUUGUCAUGCAUCUUUCUUCGGGAAGGAAAAGCAACGGAUGAAGAUAUGCAGAGCUUGGCUAGCUUAAUGAGUAUGAAGCAGGCUGACAUUGGCAAUUUAGAUGAUUUCGAAGAAGAUAAUGAGGAUGACGAUGAAAACCGAGUGAACCAAGAGGAGAAGGCCGCAAAAAUUACAGAAAUUGUAAACCAGUUGAAUGCUCUGAGCAGCUUAGAUGAAGAUCAAGACGACUGCAUAAAGCAAGCAAAUAUGCCCUCAGCUAAAUCAGCCAGUUCCUCUGAAGAACUUAUAAACACACUUAACUUUUUGGAUGAAGCACAAAAGGACUUGGCCACUGUGAAUACAAAUCCAUUUGAUGAACCUGAUGUAACAGAAUUAAAUCCAUUUGGAGAUCCUGACUCAGAAGGUGUACAGACUCCACAGUAUUUGAACCCAUUUGAUGAACCAGAAACUUUUGUAAUGAUAAAGGAUUCUCCGCCUCAGUCUACACGAAGAAAAAACCUCCGGCCCGUGGAUAUGAGCAAGUACCUCUAUGCUGAUAGUCCGAAGAACGAAGAGGAGCUGGAUGAAUCAAAUCCUUUUUAUGAGCCUAAGCCAACUUCUCCAAAUAAUUUGGUCAAUACAGUUCAAGAAGGGGAAACUGAGCGGAGAGUGAAAAGAAGGGCCCCGGCCCCACCGGCCCCACCAGCCCCGCCAGCCCUACCAGCCCUCGCACCCAAGACCGGAGUAAAUGAAAACACAGUUGUCUCUGUGGGGAAAGAUCUCUCUACUUCACCGAAGCCAAGCCCGAUACCAAGUCCUGUUCUGGGGCAAAAGCCAAAUGCUAGUCAGUCGUUGCUUGCAUGGUGCAAAGAAGUUACAAAAAACUACCGGGGCGUGAAAAUCACUAACUUUACCACAUCAUGGAGGAAUGGUUUAUCUUUUUGUGCAAUCUUACACCACUUUAGACCAGACUUAAUCGACUACAAAUCUCUGAACCCUCAAGAUAUUAAAGAAAACAACAAAAAGGCUUACGAUGGAUUUGCCAGCAUUGGAAUUUCCCGUUUACUGGAACCUUCUGAUAUGGUUUUAUUAGCAAUCCCCGACAAACUGACUGUUAUGACUUAUCUCUAUCAAAUAAGGGCACAUUUUAGCGGUCAAGAGCUAAAUGUGGUUCAGAUAGAAGAAAACAGCAGUAAGAGCACAUACAAAGUUGGAAAUUAUGAAACAGACACAAAUAGUUCUGUGGAUCAAGAAAAAUUCUAUGCUGAGCUCAGCGACCUGAAGCGGGAACCUGAACGGCAGCAGCCUACCAGUGGGGCCGUGGAUCUCCUGUCGCAGGACGACUCUGUGUUUGUAACUGACAGUGGAGUGGGAGAGUCGGAAAGUGAGCACCAGACUCCAGAUGACCACCUUAGUCCAAGCACAGCUUCCCCUUACUACCGCAGGACUAAAAGUGACACGGAGCCCCAAAAGUCCCAGCAGAGCUCCAGGAGGACUUCAGGGUCUGAUGACCCUGGGUUAAGUUCUAGUACUGAUUCAGCUCAAGCACUGGUUUCAUCAGGCAAGAAGAGACUACUGAAAGCUGAGAACUUAGAAUUAAGUGACUUAUAUGUCAGUGGCAAAAAGAAGGAUAUGUCUCCACCCUCACCUCAGGAGCAAAAGCUUCAGACUGUAAAUACCAGUAGUGAUGUGGAACAAGAGAAAAUAGAGAAUUCCAGCUCUUUAGAAUGCAGAUUGGAUGGUGAAUUGGCUAUCAAAAAGCCAAGUUUAUCCCCUCCUUCUAAACUUGGAUAUUCAUAUAACAGAGACACAGACUUUACAAAGAAACCAUGUGCUUCUCUAAGGCAGAUAGAGUCUGAUCCAGAUGCAGACAAGAGCACUUUAAAUCAUGCAGAACACUCCAGCAAAACAGUUCAGCACCGAAUGUUGUCCAGACAAGAGGAGCUGAAAGAAAGAGCGAGAGUUCUGCUUGAGCAAGCAAGAAGAGAUGCUGCUUCCAAGGCGGGGAGCAAGCACAGUGGCAGCGCAGCCCCUGCGCUCUGCAGCCGGCAGCUAAAUGAUCAGCAAGAUGAAGAGAGACGCCGGCAGCUGAGAGAGAGGGCUCGUCAGCUAAUAGCAGAAGCUCGAUGCGGAGUGAAGAUGUCAGAACUUCCCAGCUAUGGUGAAAUGGCUGCAGAAAAGUUGAAAGAAAGGUCAAAGGCAUCUGGAGAUGAAAAUGAUAAUAUUGAGAUAGAUACUAACGAGGACAUUCCUGGAGGCUUUGUUGUAGGAGGUGGAGAUGACCUAACUAAUGUAGAAAGUGACCUUGAUACUCCCGAGCAAAAUAGUAAGUUGGUGGACUUGAGGCUGAAGAAGCUCUUAGAAGCCCAGCCACAGGUGGCCAACUCCCUCUCCAGUGCUACACAGAAAGCUGUGACGGACACCUCAGAGCAAGGAGAAAAGAAUGGCGUGGAAGAUCUCCGGACUGAACGAUUACAAAAAGCAACAGAACGUUUCAGAAACCCUGUUGUGUUCAACAAGGAUUCUACAGUCAGAAAGACUCAGCUCCAGUCUUUCAGUCAGUAUGUUGAGAACAGACCAGAGAUGAAAAGACAGAGAUCAAUACAGGAAGAUACAAAGAGAGGAAAUGAGGAGAAGGCAGCGAUAACUGAAACUCAGAGGAAGCCAUCAGAAGAUGAAGUACUUAAUAAAGGGUUCAAAGACACCAGUCAGUAUGUUGUAGGGGAAUUGGCAGCACUGGAGAAUGAGCAGAAGCAAAUUGACACCCGUGCCGCGCUGGUGGAGAAGCGCCUCCGCUAUCUCAUGGACACAGGAAGGAACACGGAAGAAGAGGAGGCUAUGAUGCAGGAAUGGUUCAUGCUAGUUAAUAAGAAAAACGCCUUAAUAAGGAGGAUGAACCAGCUCUCCCUCCUGGAAAAAGAACAUGACUUAGAACGAAGGUAUGAGCUGCUGAACCGGGAGCUGCGGGCCAUGCUAGCCAUUGAAGACUGGCAGAAGACCGAGGCCCAGAAGCGACGGGAACAGCUCCUGCUGGAUGAACUAGUGGCCCUGGUGGACAAGCGAGACGCCCUUGUCAGGGACCUGGACGCCCAGGAGAAGCAAGCCGAAGAAGAAGAUGAGCAUCUGGAGCGAACUCUGGAGCAAAACAAAGGCAAGAUGGCCAAGAAGGAGGAGAAGUGCGCUCUGCAGUAGCCUUGGACCAGACCUCGCCCAGCUCCUCAGUCUUAGGUCCCCAGGCCAGAAACAGACUGGUUGAUUUAAAACUUUUUAACAUUUUGUUUAACUGGAUUGUACUUCUGGAACGCCCCCUCCCCACCAAUUUCCUCUUCUCCAGAUAAUACAGAGCUCCAGAUAGCUUUAAAGACUCUUUGUGAGUUAAUCAUGAAAUCAUUUUUGAAGUCCUGUGAAGUAGAUUUGCACAGACACCUUGUGAAUGAUUGGUAAUGAAGAUGCUGAAGAAACUGUCCAGAGGGGGUGGGGAGGCUCCCUGGUCACUUUCCCUUCUGCUUUGGAUGGGAUGAGAAUUUGAAAUAUGUUUGUUGUAGUAUCGUUGGUAAUAGCGAAAUGACAGUGGGUGGGGGGCAAAGGGGAAUAAGAAAUGUCAUGAAUGGUUUUCCAAUCCUGCCGUAUGUGUAACACUGUUACUUAAAUCUCAUAGUUAGAUCAUAUGCUGUGUAUUGACGAAGCUGUGUUCCAUUUGCCAGUGGGAUUUUCUGCAGUUGUUUGCAUUUCACAUAAAGAUAAUAAAGUUCCUCUCUGCUCUCCUCAGAGGAUGGCCCCUUAAGGUAGCGAGACAAACCUCCAGGUUUGAAAGGUGAACUGGGAGACCGGCUCUAAUUGAUGUGCAGCGGUUUACAAAGACAGUUCAUCAUCUAAUAAUGCGCCAUCUUUUACUCUGAAUAAUUAUUUAUUACAUCUUGCUUGGUUCCUACUUUUUGUUGGGGCUCAACAUUGGCUCAAGAAUGCUGUUAAUAUUUAUUCUGUAUUGAAAAAAGUCUGUCUUGGCACUACAAGUAAAUAUCCCAUUACCUCUUCUCUAGCAUAGUGCUGUGUGUUUUGUGAAAAUGGUUAUGUUUAUUUAUUACAAUACUGAGUCAUAUAUAAAUUUUCAAUAAAAGCAGAAACUUUCUUAC